UUUAAAAGCGUAUAAAUAAGUACAGCGGCAUACAAAUAAUAGUCAUAAGCAAGAUGAGUUUCAACAAUAAAGUAGCGUUAGUGACUGGUGCGAGCUCUGGGAUCGGAGCAGCUAUUGCUCUUAAAUUCGCUGGAGAGGGAGCGAACGUUGCCAUCGUUGGAAGAAACGCAGCUAAACUAAAAGAUGUUACGGAAAGUAUCUCGAAGGUCGGUAACAAGCCUCUUGUGAUCACCGCCGAUGUUACCAAAGAAAGUGAUGCUCAAAGAAUCAUCAACGAUACAGUAAAACAUUUUGGAAAACUUGACGUUCUGGUCAACAAUGCAGGAGUGGCUCGCUAUGCCAGCAUUACUGAAGCAGAAGCCAUGGCAACAUUUGACCAUAUCAUGAGUACCAACCUGCGUUCCGCAGUCUACAUGACCAAUCUUGCUGCCAAGCAUCUUAUUGAAACGAAAGGGAAUGUAAUAAACAUAUCAAGCGUUGCUGGUCAAAUGGUGAUGGAAAAAGGGUUUGCUUACUGCACCUCAAAAGCUGCCAUGGAUCAUUUCGCGAGAGCAAUCGCGUUGGACUUUGCGCCACAUGGUGUUCGCGUGAACAACAUUAGCCCUGGGCCGGUGAGGACCGAUAUUGUUGAAAAUCUAGGAGUCAGUGCGGAGAUUCAAGCAGCAAUGUGGGAGAAAUUCGAAGCAGCAACUCCUUUGAAAAGAGUUAGUGAUGCAAGUGAGAUUGCCGAGCUAGCGGCGUUCUUGGCUAGUGACAAAGCUGUUGGUAUCACUGGAUCAAUUUACGUAACUGAUAAUGGAAUUUUGCUAUCACGCUCAAGCUAAUUUAUUUAGACAGAAAAAAUAUAAAUAUUCUUAAGGUAACUUC